GCAUGCAACACAGUACUUGUUGUAUCCGUAAUUCAUCUAAACAGUUAGAACAGUGCCAUCUUUAGCACAGUGACUCGCUCGACCCGCGCGGUCGCGAUCAGUUUCGUGUAUCCAAUAUGGCAGGUCGAGGUGGUUACGAAGAUCCAAGAGAUUAUGGUGGUGGAUAUCGUAGUGGUAGAAAACCAUUGCCUACUGAACCACCCUAUACUGCUUUUGUGGGAAAUUUGCCAAAUGGAAUUGUUCAAGGAGACGUGAACAAGAUUUUUAAUCAGCUUAAUAUUAAAGGGAUCAGAUUGGUAAAAGAUAGAGAAACUGAUAGAUUUAAGGGAUUUUGUUAUGUUGAAUUUGAAGAUUUGGCUGAUUUGGAAGCAGCAUUAGACCUGGAUGGAGCGGUAGACGUAGAAGGAAGUAUAAUCAAAAUCGAUGUAGCAGAAGGAAAAAGAAAUGAUCGAGGAGGUGGCUUUGACAGAAGAGGCAGAGGAGGACAUAGCAGUAGUAGUGGCUUCAGAGGAAGAGAAGGUGGCCAUAGUAGAUUUAGCGGAGAUGAUUUUUAUAGCAAAUCCAUCUAUACGAGAUAUAAUGACAGAGGACCACAGGGUGGAGGUAGGCAAGGAAGUGGUUGGGAUUCAAGAGGUAACAGAGGCAAUUAUGGCCAAUUUAAUGAUGACUCUAGUGGAGGUAGUAGAGAAUGGUCACGUACGACGUCGAGAUCGUACAGUAAUAGACCACCACCACCACCACGUGGAAUGGGGUCUGAUCGCAAACCAUUCCACGAUGAACCAGAUCUUAAAGACCCUCCUCCAGGUACGAGUCGCAGAAAACGUUUGGUGCUGGCACCAAGGACAAUUCAAGAUCCUGUAAAUGCAAUUGCUGAAUCAAGUAAAUCAAGUUCAAUUUACGGAGGUGCUAAGCCUCGAGAAGAAAAAUUAAAAGCUAAUGAAAUUGAGUAAAAUGAAACUAACAUCAUAGUUUCCACUUUCUUAAGCAUAUGGAGGAAGAAAUUUCCCAAUAAAAAAUUUGAAAGCCAACACAAGAUCCUCUUAGUUUUCUAAAAUGUGGAGAAACUCUCCAAAAAUACAUGGAACCAUAAUACCAAUUUUUAUUUACCCCUUAUGGGAGGAGUCUUCCCCAAGAAUGUAAUCACUGUAGGGAACAAUUCAAUAAGGUUUCUUUAGUUUUCACAACUCUUCAUAUUUUUUAGGCAAAAUAUAAAGUUUUUGUCUAACACCCUCUAUAUCUUACUACUUUAUAAUGCAAAAUUAAUAUCAGAUUAAUAACUUUAUUGGAAUAAUAAAAUAAAAUAGUGUGUUAAAUAAAUGUGUGCAAAUAAUAAAAUAGUGUGCAUAAUAUGCAUGCAAAAAUAGUAAUAAUAUUUACAAACAAAUUAUUGUUAAAUUUGUUAAAGCGAUAUAGUAUAUAGGUAUUUUAUUGUUCAUAUCAUGUCAUGUAACAUUCUAUGUCGAGUGUAACGAUAUCGAGGGUGUUGGGUAUAAAUUAUAUAAAAUGUGCUUUAUAUGAUCUACAAGUUACAUCUCUUCAUAAAUUUCCCUAAAAGUAAAUUGUAGAAAAUUUACUUUGCUUUUUUCUUGCUUCUAACUUCAUCGAUCCUAACACGAAUAAUUGUAUAAACGAUAAUUUUAUAAAGAAAUCGUAAUGAAUUGUUUAUUACGUGUCAUUGCAAACAAAUGUUCAAAAAUAUUGCACGGUAGCUCAUAAAGAAACGAAAAAAGAGAAAAAAAUAUAGGUCAAUAGUUAGUAAAAAUAUAAUGUGAAUGCUUGGGAAAUUUAUACACCAUUGAAUGGUACAGUGGAGAACGUACCGAUUAUUAUACAUUAAUAUUGUGUAAUGAAUUAAUUAAUUGCGCUAAUAAUAAACGUCGAUAGAUUAAAAGACAAUAUCGACGAUUAUGAGAUAGUAACGGAAAAAAAAAUUUAUGUAAUGAUAAAUAUUAUGUAAACGUAUGCUUGUAUAUGAUACUAUUUCUUGAAUAAAGUAGCUGUUUGCCUCGUA